ACUAGUGUGUUUGUUUAUAAAUAAGUAUUACAUCAACAGAUCAAACUCAUCUCUUCUUCAUCCAACAAACAUUCGAAUAAUCACAAAAACUACCAAAACCAUGAAUCAUACGUUUUACUUCGUUCUUGCCUUAACCGCGGUUUUGGCCGCAAACGCAUAUGGUGCGGUUCUCGACAUCGACGGCGACUCCAUGUUCGACGGCAGUUACUACGUUCUCCCCGUCAUCCGCGGCCAAGGUGGCGGCCUGAGUCUAGGCGGACGCGGUGGCCAGCCAUGUCCUCUCGACAUCGUGCAAGAAUCUUCCGAGGUCGAUGACGGUAUCCCGGUAAAAUUCUCAAACUGGAGUCUCAAAGUUGCGUUCGUUCCCGAAUCAGCGAGGCUUAACAUCGAGACGGACGUUGCAGCCACGAUCUGCAUCCAGUCAACGUACUGGCGAGUCGGUGAGUUCGACGACGAGAGGAAGCAGUACUUCGUGGUGGCUGGUCCACAAGAUUCUUUCAAGAGUUUCUUCACGAUCGAGAAAUCUGGAGAUGAUGCUUACAAGUUUAGGUUCUGCCCUCGGACUUGCGAAUCUGGCGGUCCAAAAUGCAGCGAUGUCGGGAUAUUCGUUGAUGAAACCGGCGUUAGGCGUUUGGCUUUAAGCGAUGAACCGUUCUUGGUUAUGUUCAAGAAAGCUAAUGUGACUGAGAUUCCUUCCAAGACUAUGUAAGAGGACAAGACUCUUAUUAGUCUUCGCUUUGAUUUAUGAUAAAACCUCUCGGUGUGUUUUCUCUGUAUUCCCUAUAAAUUACAUAUCGAAUAAAAAGACCUCUUCUCUG